CGAGGAGAGGCUGCUGGCAGCCAGGCAGCGCGUGGCGACGCUCGGGGGCAAGCCCCUGGAGGACGACAGCGUCAAGCUUCGCGCUCGCAGGAAUCCGUCGGAUUCUCCUGCGAGGGCCAACGAUGGAAGACCCACUGAUAGGAGGGAUGACAAGGGCAGAAAAAGACAGGUCAGGGACAGAAGAGCCGAGAGGCAGGACAGAGCAGCCAGGCCAUCCAGAGGCGCACGCAAUGGCGCUGCAGACUCUGGAGCCCCUGGAGAUUACGACGAGGAUUCCUACUCGUACUCUGGCUCGUACUCCGAGGAGUGAAGCCUGGGCGCGCGUGCGGCUUGAUCGCCUUCGGAGCUGGGGUAUGUGUAGGACGCGGCCGCGCCUUUCUAGCAUCCCUCGUAAUUUUACUGAAGAAGCCUGGCGGCAUACCCUCUUCCAUCACACCCCCGCCGACGCUUCAAUAUCUGUGUCGUGUCUUAUGAGGGUCCCAGCGCGCGGCGGCCGCUGCACUACAACUGCAUGCGGAGCGCGAUGCGGGG